UUAGUAAUUAUGUGAAUCAUUAUUUUGUUGUUUUCAAAUGUUUUUUCUAGGAAAAGGCCUUUAAGCCUUUAAAUAAGAAACCAUAAAAAAUCACAAAAAUUCAUAUUUAGUGCAAAAAGCGUUUAACUAAAUGGUGCAGCACAGACAAUUCUAACGCAGGAGCUUAAACAUCUAAACAAUAGAAGUAAUAUUGGUAUUUUGUUUGAUAUUUACGAUGGAAAGAAAGCGGAAGUAUAGAAAAAGAAAAUCUUCGCUUGACAACAAUAUUAACGAGAAUCAGUCAUACACAGAUUUUUUAUGUCCUAUAUGUUUACAAAUAUUAAUUGAACCUGUGCAGAUGCCCUGCAAACAUGAACUCUGUAUGCAAUGUUUCAAGUUGCAUGUGGAAACUACAAGUUUACAAUGUCCAAUGUGUCGUCUUCGUAUUUCUGUUUGGAUUCGAAGAAAUAACCAAAACCUGAUUAAUACACAGCGUUGGAAGCUGAUAAAGUCUUUGUUCCCUGAUCGGGUUCAGAGAAGGAUGGAUGGAAAAGAUGAUUUGGACAGCUGCUACAGUGAAUAUAAUGCUCCAAAGCAUGUUAUUGCUACUAAUGGAGAAGUUAGGAAGGAGUAUGAAGAAGAGCUUAAAAAGAUUCAGCAAGAAGAGGAGGCCAUGACACAGGCUGAUUUAGAAUACAUUCACAAACUACAACUUGAAGAAAAAGAAGCUCAACGAAAACAAGAAGAAUUAGAUAAAGCCGCUGCAAAAGCACUUCAAGAGGAAGAAAUGAAAAAUCUAGGUGUGACACUAAAAUCACCAAGCACACAUCAGCGGGAAUUGCUGGCAUUACUGAGACCAAAGUCACCGAUGAAGCUUCGAGAUAGAAAAGAAGUAAAUAUGUCAAACCAGAAAAAGACAAAAGCACAAAUCACUUCACCCAGCCAUACUAUUACUAGUUUUUUUCAAAAAAAGGAUGACACUAAAUCUGACUCAUUACCAGGUAGCGAACCAUCAACACCUAAUUUAAAAAUACAAUUGGAAAACCACAAGAACAAAAUUUUGAGUUCGAAAACGACUAAUUGUAAACCGUGUUGUAGUAAAACCACAGAGGAAAAGGAUUUUGAGUUUGCUCGGAAACUUCAACAACAUUUUGAUGAAGAAGCAGAAAGUGAUAAAGUUAAACCAUCCAAAAAACCAUUACGAAUGAAAAAUUCGAUUUCCCCAUUGCUAGGACAGUCAAUGAAAUUACGCAGAAGUAAUGCUAAAUUUGCAGCAGUAACAAUGCAGGAAAAUAGGUAGUUUUGCAGUAGACAUUUCAAUUCAUUUUAAAAGCGUUCAUUGUUUCACAUGAUAGUUGGGGUCUUACUUGUGAGUGAUGGGUGACAAAACAGAUGUUUAUGCUGCAUGUGUUUUAUUCAAAAAGACCUUUUAGGCCAGUUUUAAAAGCUAUUAACCGAAUUUAUUAGUUGUUAGUCAUUUUAUCUUUUCAAAUUUUAUGAGAUAUAUAUCAUUAACUUGUAUUGUAUAAUUUUUUACAAAGUAUACUGUCUUUCUUCUAAUGUGAUUCUAAAAAUUUUUUUAUCAGACUGAACAUUCUUAAUGUUAUCCCGUCAUAAAAACUGUUUAAAAAUGAUUUGUGAAGAGAUCUUUGUUCUUUUUCCUCUCAUUAGACAACAGGUUAAAGAUGUUACUCUCUGUUUUAAACGUUGGUCCAGUAGUAUAUUUCUUAUUUCUUUGUUUGACAGUAUAUAUGCACAUGUACUUUGUAAUUAUCUACACAUUUGAGCUGAUAUGCCAGCAGUGUAAAAGGAAUUUGUUAUUAUGGUAGGUGCGACUGCACAAACAAAUUAUUUGCAAAUCUUUUUAGAAGAGAUAUCAUUUAAAACGCACGGUGUGAUAUGUUAUUUUUGUUAUUGUAAAUAAUAUCUAAUUUCAAUAUUUCAAUUGUAUUUUUCA